AUGUUCACUAUCUCGACGCGUCCUCUCCGUCGCAGCUGCGCCGCUGCAGCAGCAGAUAACCAGGCGAGUGAAGCGGAAGUGACGGAGAUCAACGUGUGCGUGGGGAAGACCUGUCGCAAGGACGGCGGGUUGCAGACGCUGGACCACUUCCGCGGCCUCGCGCCGCCGCACGUGAAUGUUGACUCGUGUGGAUGCUUGGGGCGGUGCGGAGCAGGCCCCAAUCUGGUGCUGCUGCCGUCGCAGACGAUCAUCCGGCACUGCAGCACGGCGGCGCACGCGGCACGGCUGCUGGAGAGGCAGUGCGCGGGGGGCAGCGCGGAGACGAAUCUUGCAGCUCUGGAGUUGAAGGGUCGCGGCAAUGCAGCUUUUGAGAAGGGACGAGCGGACGAGGCUGAGAUGCUCUUCACCCAGGUGAGUGCGCUGGGAGAUGGAAGGGGUGUGGGGGAGGAGGGUGAGGAGGAGGGAGCUAGGGGUGUCUGA